ACAGGACACGGAGUGAAAGGUUUUUGCAGCUUCGUGUAUCCCCGAUUUGAUUUAUCUCCACUCACACUAUAGAGAUUUAGUAAAUCAGUUGCUUUUACUGCUUGUGCACUCACACAAACGUGCACAUGUACAGAUGUUCCUUUAGGUUUACUAUAACAUGGUCUUACAUAUUUCAUUUUUUUCCCCGUUGAUUUUCUUUUUAAAACAUGGGAAUGUGCGGGACGCUGUGGGAAAUCGGGGAAUUCGAGGAUAGAACGUGAAGCCUGCAGACUUGCAAAUGCUCUGGUUAUGACAAUUAUCUGAUCUUUUUGUGGCUUCUGUGGGAAGUUGGUAACCUCGGCCUGGUUCCCGAUGGCAUGCACUCCGAUUCCAACUGCGUUUCGUCGAAGCAGCGCAGACUCCUGUGAGACAUGGAUAGAUGCAAACAUGUUAGGCGGCUACGACUCGCCCAGGACCACUCGAUCCUGAACCCGCAGAAGUGGCACUGCGUGGACUGCCGCACCACCGAGUCCCUCUGGGCUUGUCUCAAGUGCUCCCACGUGGCGUGCGGGACGUACAUCGAGGAGCAUGCCCUCAAACACUUCGAAGAGACCAGGCACCCGCUGGCCAUGGAGGUCAACGAUCUCUAUGUCUUUUGCUACCUUUGUGAAGAUUACGUCUUGAACGAUAACCCGGAGGGCGACUUGAAGUUGCUGAGAAGUUCUCUGUCGGCGAUUAGAAGUCAAAAACAUGAUCCGUCGACAAGGAGCGGCAGGACGUUGCGAUCGAUGGCUUUGGGAGAGGACGUGUGCAGCCACCCACGGAGCCCUCAGGGACAGUCUCAGAUGCUCACCGCGCUCUGGUACCGGCGCCAGGCCCUGCUUGCCAAGGCGCUGCGGACCUGGUUCGAUAAGAGCUCUAGAGGCCAGCUGAAACUGAAACAAAAGAGGCAAAUGGAGGAGUUGGAGAAAAAGAAGGAGGCGGCUCGGCAGCGGCGGCAGGAGAUGAAGAGGCAGCUCCUGGAGGAGCUGGCGAACACUCCUCCGCGCAAGAGCGCCCGGCUGCUGUCUCACGCGCACAGGGACAACUUGAUUCCAAGGAAAUUCAGGGAGGUGGCGGCCGCUUCUCCUACCUCAAGGCAGGUGCAGAGCAGCAGGUUCAAACAGUUCUAUUCCAUCCGGCGUAAGCCUCUGAUGACUCCCGGGGUGACAGGUCUAAGGAACCUGGGAAACACGUGUUAUAUGAAUUCUAUUCUGCAAGUGCUAAGUCACCUCCAGAAAUUUAGAGAAUGUUUUUUGACACUUGAUCUCUGUGAAACAGAAGAACUCUUAGCCAAAACUGUGAACGGGAAGUCUCGGAUGCCUGGCAAAUUGGCAAACGGGUCGGCCGCUAAUGAGCCGGGGAGGACUGACAAAGUGGGACCCUGUGGCGCGCAGGGCCUGCCAGCUGCCUUAAACGGCGGCUCCUCCAUAAGCAGGAGUUUAGAGCUCAUACAGCCCAAGGAACCGAGUUCAAAGCACAUCUCCCUCUGUCACGAGCUGCACACCCUGUUCAGAGUGAUGUGGUCGGGGAAGUGGGCGCUGGUGUCGCCGUUCGCCAUGCUGCACUCCGUGUGGAGCCUCAUCCCCGCCUUCCGAGGCUACGACCAGCAGGACGCGCAGGAGUUCCUCUGCGAGCUGCUGGACAAGGUGCAGCAGGAGCUGGAGUCGGAAGGAACCAAGCGCAGGAUCCUCAUCCCGUUCUCGCAGAGGAAGCUCACCAAGCAGGUCCUGAAGGUGGUGAACACCAUUUUUCACGGGCAGUUGCUCAGUCAGGUCACCUGUAUAACAUGCAACUACAAAUCCAACACGGUUGAGCCCUUUUGGGACCUUUCCCUGGAGUUCCCUGAGCGCUAUCACUCGAUGGAGAAGGGGCUGGUCCCGGUGAACCAGACGGAGUGCAUGCUGACCGAAAUGCUGGCCAAGUUCACCGAGACGGAAGCCCUGGAAGGGAGGAUAUACGCGUGCGACCAGUGCAACAGCAAACGGCGGAAGUCUUCUCCGAAACCUCUUGUUCUGAGUGAAGCUAAAAAGCAGUUAAUGAUCUACAGACUACCUCAGGUCCUCCGGCUGCACCUUAAACGCUUCAGGUGGUCUGAGCGCAAUCACCGUGAGAAGAUUGGGGUCCAUGUCCUCUUUGACCAGGUAUUAAACAUGGAACCUUACUGCUGCAGGGACUCUCUCUCCUCUCUUGACAAAGAGACCUUUGUCUAUGACCUCUCCGCUGUGGUGAUGCAUCACGGGAAAGGGUUUGGCUCAGGACACUACACAGCGUAUUGCUACAACACAGAGGGAGGUUUUUGGGUCCACUGCAAUGACUCCAAACUGAAUGUAUGUAGCGUGGAGGAGGUUUGCAAAACCCAGGCUUACAUCCUUUUUUACACUCAAAGAACAGUGCAGGACAAAGCAAGAAUCUCAGAAAAACAACUUCAAGCUCAGGUGCCGUCCAAACAUAGCGAUAAGGACAGAAGGCUGACGUUCCCAUGAUGGGAGCUCUGCAGCUCCAUCAAGUCUCAGUUUUUUCAAGAACCGUUGGCGCUGGCAUCUUUCCUCGCCGCAGGAACGAGGCUGCGGGAAGGGAUCGGGUCCUGGUUGCCGCCCAGGGUCCGGAAAAGCGUUACCGAGCUGUGCAAUUCUGACACGUAAGAUUGUCCUCAGAAUCUUGGUUUUAAAGCAUCUUCUUGUUAAAUUAUGCUCACAAAAUCCAAGGAGAAAGAUCGACGCUGUAUUAUUCAUCUCAUAUCAAAAGGGAAUGGCGUAAGGUGUGUAACAAACGAGCACAGCCAGGAAACAGAAGCAUUCAACUGGCUUCAAACCCCACUGGUCCCAGUAAUGCUGGUAUGACUCCAGAAGGAGCAGGUACAGAACCCUCCCCUCUCACUGCCGUGCAGGUUUCCAGGGUUUGGAUCACGCAGUCACCCAGGUAUUUAUUGGACGGUUGUCGGGUAGAUGGGGGUGACUGUCUGCAGAGCCGUUGUGCUGCAGAAAUGUUCCAUGUUCUUCUAGCAGAGAAGAUGUUCCCCCAGGCCCCCGCCAGCUCUGCUGUCCCAGUUGCUUUGCCAUCGUUGGAGGGCAAACCCAAGGCCGGGGAGCGUUGUCAGCAGGUUUCACACUGUUACCGAGGCUGUGCGCACACUGGAUGGUUUAUUCUCUGGGCUGAACUGAAGUGGCAGCUCAGUUCACUCCGAAUGUGAUCUUAAAACCAGUUCUGCUCUGGAGAAAGUGUGUUUAAAAGCAAAAAACCAAACCCCUGUAAUAAAACGGGAGCGUUCCUGUGUGUCA